AUGGCCCACGCCACGCACCCACCACUCAGUACCCUCCCACAACCCCAGCCGCCACUGCCACUGCCACCGCCCAAUCUGCCCACCGCGCCACCACCAGCCCGGCACCGCCCGCUGCCCCACCACCCGCCCGGCACCGCCCGCCGCGAACCUGCCACCACGCCGCUGCCGCCACCACCGGCCGCGUGGCUCAAGCCAUCAUCCGCCCCUAACCCCCGGCACCACCGCCCGGCCGUGCCAGCGUACCCGAUCCCCGGCGCCCACGCCGCCGCGGACCGUCCCGGCGGCGCCGGAGCCAUCCUCCUCGGGGAGCGUCGAGAUCCGUCCGUCGGAGUCUCGGAGAUGACCCCUGCCGAGGCGCUGAGGCGCUGCACCUCCGGUCGUGCCUCGCCGGCGAGCUAG